CAGAAGCAGUAAUUCAGGCCUAGCCGAGCCAUGACGAUCGUCGGCGUCGGCGUCGGCGUCCUCCUCCUAUCCACACUAACCUACCAGCUGGUGUCCGCCGAAGUAUUCUGCGACAACCUGAAGGUCACCCGAACCUCCCUCACCAUGAACAUCACCACUUCCCCGGUACACUUUGCCACCGCCAGCUUCGGCAAAGCCCCUGACGUCGCCUAUGCGCUCGCGCUCUGCAAAGGCGUCGUCCUCAACGGCUCCGCCUGCGGUGAAUGCGUCGCCGAUUGGUUCGAUAAAAUGAUUAGCGACAAGCCACCACCGCCGCAGCAGUGCUUCAAGAUCUACACCUACUAUGGUUACUGUAUCGUCGUCUACUCCAACAACGACGACAUACUCGCCCCCUACAAUAACACUGCAGAAAGCACACUCAGAUUCAGGAGUGAGUGGUGGAACGAAAGGAAUGUCACUGGUGACAUCGGCGUCAUUGCCGGCCUCAUCCGCGACCUGCUGGUGGGGACGGUGGAGAAGGCGGCCAGCAUGGCACCAGUGCGGUUCGCCACGGGCGUCAUGGACACCAACACGACGUUCCCGAGCGUGUAUUCCCUGGCGCAGUGCAUGCCGGACAUGUCCUCUAGUGACUGUCUGGCGUGCCUGCGCCAUCUCCUAGGCACGGUCAACUCUACCAUGUACAUGCGCAUGGGAGGACAGGUGUACUUCAUCCGGUGUUUUUUCAGGUAUGAGGCGACUCAUUUCUAUGAUGGUGAACCCAUGCUGCAUCUCGGGACGCAGUUGGCACCAACGCCAGCUCCGACCAAGCCGCCCAAUCACAAGAGGAGUAUGAGCAAACUGUGGGCAAUUCCCAUAGUUGUAGUUCCUCUGGCGGCAGCAGCAUUUCUCUGCUUCAUCUUGUACUCUCGUCGGUUAACAACGCAAAGAAAAGGUGGAGUGAUGAGAUUACAAGGAUUAAGGCGUGCUCAGGAUUUGGAGGGAGAGGAACAACUAGUUUGGGAAGGGAAGAAUUCAGAGUUCUCCGUGUUUGACUUUGAACAGGUACUGCAGGCCACAAAUAAUUUUUCACAAGAAAACAAACUUGGACAAGGUGGCUUUGGCGCUGUCUACAAGGGCCAAUUUCCUGAGGGUUUGGAGAUAGCAGUUAAGAGACUUGCUUCACAUUCAGGACAAGGUUUUAGAGAAUUCAAAAAUGAAGUCCAGCUCAUAGCCAAACUCCAGCACAAAAAUUUGGUUAGGCUCUUGGGAUGUUGCUCUGAAGAAGAGGAGAAAUUAUUGGUCUAUGAAUAUUUGCCAAACAGAAGCUUGGAUUUCUUCAUCUUCGAUGAGAGUAAAAGAGCUUUACUGGAUUGGUCCAAGCUUGUAGCAAUAAUUGAAGGAAUAGCACAUGGACUUCUUUACCUACAUAAGCACUCCCGUCUGCGCGUCAUACAUCGAGAUCUCAAACCAGGUAACAUUCUCUUGGACGCCGAAAUGAAUCCGAAAAUUGCAGAUUUCGGGCUAGCAAAAAUAUUCAGCUCGGAUAGUACGGAAGGGAACACUACAAGAAGAGUGGUUGGUACAUAUGGCUACAUGGCCCCUGAAUAUGCUUCGGAGGGCGUGUUCUCUAUCAAAUCAGACGUCUUCAGCUUUGGUGUUAUCAUUUUUGAGAUUCUUAGCGGAAAACGGAAUUCUGGUAGCCAACAAUGCGGUGAUUUCAUCAAUCUCCUUGGAUAUGCAUGGCAACUAUGGGAAGAGGGAAGGUGGAUCGAUCUCAUCGACGCAACAUUGGUUCCCAAGGGUGACUCGACAGAGAUGAUGAGAUGCAUUAACAUAGCAUUUCUUUGUGUACAAGAGCAUGCAGCCGAUCGACCAACCAUGUCAGAUGUUGUCAGAAUGCUAAGUAGUGAAACUAUGAUCAUGGUUGUGCCGAAGCAGCCUGCAUAUGUUAAUGCAAGGGUGGGCAAUGAAGAGGCGCCCACUGCUCCAGAGCCAUGCAGUAUCAAUUAUAUGACCUUAUCUGUCAUAACUCCUAGAUAGUGUUCUGAUCGUAUGGUGUGUGUUUUACCACCCGAUCGAAUGUAAAAUGUGAGAAGAUGCACUCUAAAUUGUAGAAAAAAACAUCCUAGUUGGAAUAUAUCAGCCACGGAAAUGUCUUGCAGAUCA